UGGCGGCGGAAGAGAUGGAGCAGCGUCACGAGCGCCCGGCCCCUUAAAACGCUGCUGGCUGGAGCCGCCUCCCUCCCUGCAGCCCGCGGCGGGGAUGGAGUAAAGGGGGACCCGUCGACCUGCCCGCGGGGAUCAGCGAUGGAGUUAAAGCAAUCUUUGUCCACCCAUCUGGAAACCGAGAAGCCUCUGAGGCGCUAUGGGGCGGUGGAGCAGACGGCGUGGACCGCGGAGGGACUGGGGAGAAAUCAGCUGGACAUCAUCUCCAUGGCAGAGACAACCAUGAUGCCGGAGGAGAUCGAGCUGGAGAUGGCGAAAAUUCAGCGUCUCCGGGAAGUCUUGGUCCGACGGGAGUCUGAGCUCAGGUUUAUGAUGGAUGACAUCCAGCUUUGCAACGAUAUUAUGGACCUGAAACAAGAGCUACAGAACUUGGUCGCCAUCCCAGAAAAAGAAAAGACCAAGCUGCAGAAGCAGAGAGAGGAUGAGCUAAUCCAGAAGAUCCACAAGCUGGUGCAGAAGAGAGACUUUCUGGUGGAUGAUGCGGAGGUCGAGCGGCUAAGGGAGCAAGAAGAAGACAAGGAAAUGGCGGAUUUCCUGAGAAUCAAGUUAAAACCUCUAGAUAAAGUAACCAAAUCUCCAGCCAGUUCCCGAGCAGAGAAGAAAGCAGAACCCCCACCUAGCAAGCCCACAGUGGCCAAGACUGGGCUGGCACUCAUCAAGGAUUGCUGUGGGGCCACCCAGUGCAAUAUCAUGUAGCCCCCAGUGUGGGGUGCCCCCGGGGCCGCGGGGACCCCGCCUCCCACCCUCUUGUCUUCAUAGCCCCCAUUUCACUGGGGCCCAAGAGCUCUCCAAGGUGGAAGGGGUUGAAGGCAAGCCUGUGACUGCCGCCAGGGGCCGUGGGCGUGGCGGGCGGGCCCGGCCGCCCUG